CCAGCCAUCUCCACUCUGCAUCGCUUCUCUUCCUUCUAUCCCAUUCAGCUCAAAAUCCCAUUCCCGUUAUUUGACUUAUUUAAUUCCGUUAUUGGAUAAUGUGAUUUAAGUCGACGAUUAUAUACGAGAAUAGGCGAUAACAAACAUUUAUACAAUCUAAAUAGGAGUCAGAUCCAUGGGCCACUAAAAUGGUUAGCCCUUCAACGAAUAUCGUCGAUCUAAAUGAGGACAAAAUCAAACUAUGGGCCUCCACAAAAAGAAGUCUGAGCUACAAAUCUUAUACAGAAGCAUAUUCACUAUUUGUGAUGAUUAUUCUUAACGAACUUAUAAUUUCAUGAAGAGCUGAUGCUGGCCGUAAGUGUCUGGUUCAAUUUCAUAAGAAUUUUUCGUUUUCGAAUAAAUCCAAACAGCAAAAAGUAUUAUCAAUUGACCGGAAAUAAAAAAAGCCGUUCCGACAAUUUCAUACGACAUUACUUCCGAGAAAAGGGAAAUUCUCAACUUCAUUCUAUCGGAAUAAUACAUAACUAUAUACGUAUAUAACAAUUGGAUUUAAUAAAGAUAUUACCAAUAUUGUGUGUUACCAUGUCCUGGAGAAUAACAGAAGCCAAUGAUAGCUUUUUGACAAGUUCAUCACUAACACGUGAAGAAACCACAGAACAACCAGGUGGGCCAGCACCAACCCCAACCGAUAAAACACUGACUCGAAUUAUUUCAACAAUAAAUCAUGAAAAUUUGGAUUAUUUCCAAGAAUCAUUUAAUAAAUGUCAAUUAACCAUAGAAGAUAUUCUUGAAAUUCUUGAACAUCUUACAUCAUCACGGUUAAAAUAUCAAAGAAAUUAAAAUCAUACAGCAUGAACAAAGAUGAAUAAAUCAGUAGAUACAAGUAUAUAUUAAUAAAAUGAUGUAUCAAUCACUUAUAGUGCACUAUUUAAAGAUCAUGUUCUAAAUAAAUGAAUUAUCUUUAUUGAGCUGUAUUCCUACAUGCAACGUUCUGAAACUACUAAGAAAUAGACUUUCGUAUGACUUAUCUGUAUUCAGAACGCUUCUAUAGUUAAUAUGAUGAUGAAUUGUUUUUGAUUACUGAAUAUUGAUUUUAUUGUAAUCUUUACCUAAAUAGAUCUUUAUUAAAUGUAUUCAAUUAUGUGUGAUAAGGUAUCUAAUCAAUCUCAACAUUAAAGAAUAAAAAGCUUAUCAACGAUCAUUUAAACAAAUAAACAUGACUAAUUCUUAUUGUACUUAUUAUCAAAUCUAAAGUUUAAAAAAAAAUUUAAUUUCAUUGUAAAUAGUAAAUGUGAACUUUUGGAAAGUUUCAAUCUUGUUUCAAAUCAAGAAUCCUUCCUAGUUAUUAAUAAUCUUCUAAUUAAUGUCAAUUAAUGUUGGAACACAAUCUGAAAAUUGUAUAAAUCACCUCGACUGAUCAAUCAAAAAUGACUCUUAUCUAUUGGGAAAUUUCUCUUUUAAUUAUUAUCAUAAUUUUGUAGGCUGUAUUCAUCACAAACUGAUCACAUUUGGGAUAUUAUUAGAAACAGUUGAGGAAUGACACACCUAUCUUCCUUCGUGUUUUACUUUUUAACAUUACAUACCAAAUAAUAUUUCAUGAAUUGAACAUAGGAGUUUUAAGUCUGUCGACGAACGCUUAAACAUUAAAGCUAUUGCAUCAUUGUCCAGUGAUACAACCCAAACCUUAAUCAAUUUGCGAUUUAUCGCAAAGACCAACCUAGUUAUCAAUGGUACUCCAAAUGAGGUUACUCUCUGACGUAUACAGCCUAGAAAUUAGAUCAAUUAAUCCGAACCAAUAAAUGCUUUUACUAAUAUUUAGUUCAUCAUAGUUUACUCUCCUACUAUUUAAAAUAAUCACCGAUAUCUUUUGCAAUCAGCACUUUAAAGAUUUAGUUAAUCAAGUUGAUCAGUUAACCAUUUCCUUAUCAAAUCGGUUUACAAGUGAAAUACAAAUCAGGUAAUUUCAAAGUGUUUCUUUCAAGAAAAACAGAAAAUAGAAACAACCUAAUUAGAAUAGAAUGACGUCACAUUUAUUUCAUCGAUAUCAGUAUUUAUUUUUGUACACAAGGUGAAUAGAGGUAUAUGUGAAUACACCUUUGAUAUUUUCAAUAUUUAAUGUUAUAUUGUAUCAAACGCUAAAGAUUUUUACGAAGAUGGUUACAUUGUUAGGUAGUAGAUUUACACUCAAUAAUCAUACUCUCUUCAUUCUAUGAAUCAAUUAUACAAACUAAACUAACUGAUACUUUGUACUUUGUAUGAGGUUCUUAGUUGAGCAUAAUUAGUACAUUAAGAGCAUAAAUUCUAUUCCAUUUUGUAGAUUUUAAACUUAUAUUUUAUAUCACAGCCUGGUUUUGUUUAAAUAAACAUCGAAAAUCAGGAAGCACUGAACAGCUAUUUCGUUUUAGUACGGGACUAUUCAGCAGUGUUCACCAACGAUCCCAGGACCUUUUGUCUUAUUAGGAGCGCUUAACCUCUAGACCACUGAGAUAGAAUUCAAGGGUGUAUAUCUAACUUCAAUCAAUUCGCCAUAUUAUUUGACCAUCUUUCAUUGGCUUCGGUCGAUAAUUGUCUCACACCCGAUUUAAAUUUCACUGGUUACAGUAUCUCACUAGAACUUCUGGAAUCAUAUCUGAAAGUGAGUCUCCAGUGGGUAUUUGCUGCAUUUCAAGCAUUUAGAUGUAUACAAAACUGCUCUCCAUGAACAUAUCAAAGCGGUGCAACCGAACAUUUCCGAUUGAGAAAAUAAAUAUAGCGCAAGUCAUAGAUUGAAAUAAAAUCCCUGAUAAAGGUUACAAUAGCAUUUAUCAACUAAUUAAAUGCGAAGAAUGGUCAAAAUUAUUGGAUAUAUCUCAGCCAAUAUUGUCGGUGGAGAGACUUAGGCUGACGCCAUUACAUAUUCUAAUGUAGUCUAUUGAUCGUUCACAUAGAGAUGAGACUGAUAGGUCUCGAGUUCG